AUCUAUCAGUUACCAUUAUAAAGUUGUAUAAUACUUCUUAUUAAUAAAUACGAAAGUGAUUAUUACAGAAAACCUGUAAAACCUGUAACGCACAUGAAAGCUUUGGGUAAUAUUCGCUGCUGGCCCUUUAAAAAUCUAUAAAUACAGGAACUACAGUAAACACUACCGGGUUGCGGGUUGAUGGGGAAUAUUUUAUGAAAAGGAAUACUAGUAUAAAACGCUUGUUAGCCAGGCACUUAUUAUCCCAUUCAAGGAUUAUUGUAAUAAAAGUAAAUUAUGAUCUGUAGCUGGGUGAAGCUUUAAGGCAUUUCUGGAAAUCUGCAGUAUAUCGACAUUAGACCAAGUAAGAGGGCUACACCACUCUUUAGGCUACCUCAUUUGGCGAGAUGCAAUAGUAGUGAUACACAACCACUUGGACGCAAUGUACAUUGAAGCAACACUGUUCAAGGGUGCCUAAAUUCCACAUCGGAUAUGCAGCACUCUAGUGUUCGUUGUACAAUUGUGCGUCACAGUAUUAGUCCACUAUCUGUAAACACGUCUAUACAGUUACCAAAGGCAUGUCACAUUUGACCUGCUUCUGGUCAAGAACACUGCACCACUCCACUGCUGGCACUAGCUAACAAAGAAUGACGGAUUUGAAAUAUAAACAUUUCGCCAAGGAAAAGCAAUAUUAAAAACUAGUUUUAUUUAAAUAGUACCAAACUAGGACGUUAUCUGUGUUAAAUUUAGUAUUCCAUGCGGACUUUUAAACGGAUUUGAGUCCUCUCGCUUUUUCGCCGUGCUGUUCUUGGUUCUAGAACCGAUAGUUGCAACAUCACAAUAAUGUUACUACUGUCGAGAGUUGUACGCCUGCUCGGAAGAGAGAGAACCAUGCUCUAUGAUCAGUGUAUUUCCGCGAACAUGUCGUCGGCCUCAUCAAGUAAGAGGCUCCGGGUGCUCGUGGACAUGGACGGGGUCAUCGCUGACUUUGAAGGGGGAUUCCUGAAGAAUUACCGCGCAAGGUACCCCAACGAUCCGUUCAUAACCUUGGAAGACAGGCGGGGGUUCUGGGUGUCAUCACAGUAUGGACAGCUGCGGAGUGACUUGUGUGAGAAAGCCAUCAGUAUCUGGGAGUCAAAGGACUUCUUUAUCAACCUGGAACCACUCCCUGGAGGACUGAAGGCUGUCAAGGAGAUGGCCUUGCUGGACAACACAGAUGUCUUCAUAUGCACCAGCCCUAUCAAGCAUUACAAACACUGCCCAUAUGAGAAGUAUGCCUGGGUAGAAAAGCACCUGGGCCAUGAAUUCCUGGAGCAGAUCAUUCUGACCAGAGACAAAACGGUGGUGUCAGGAGAUAUCCUAAUAGACGACAAGCCAGACAUCCUUGGAGUAGAGCCUAACCCUGCCUGGGAACACAUCCUGUUUACCGCCUGCCACAACAAGCACCUGCCCCCCAGCCCUACCCAGCGACGCCUGAUGUCCUGGUCCCAUGACUGGAGGGCCAUCCUGGACAGCAAGAGGCAGUGAACCCAGCAGUAUCCUCACAGCAGGGACCAUCCUGAAGAGCCACACUGCACUGGGAUCAUGAGUCCAGAAGUGAAGACCACAGUGAAGGCCACCAAAUGUGUUUCCUGUUGUACCUCUAGAUGGUGCUCUAAGACUUACAUCGAAAGCCCUCUAAGAUUCUCAAGAAUUUCAAUAUGAACCGGGGAUGAAUCUUAUUUAUGUUUUAUUUUUAUGACAACUUGCUCAAAUGUUCUUGGUUCUUGUGUACAUGUUUGAUCCACACAUUUCCCUUUGGAUCAUCUUUACAUGCAUGCUCAUGCAAUUGCUGUCCUUAUCACAGCAUGGCCACACUGUAUACACAGAGAACGACGAUCACAGAAGAGAUCACAUUUACAGGUUUCAGUGCACUAACAAAAGAGGGACUCCCAACUGCAAAUAAUCCUCUGUCAUUAGUCACAGAGAUCCACCAGUGUGCCAACAGUAUAUACCUUUGUUCGUUCCUCUCAACUUAGGUUAGGUUGAUGUUUUUAACGGUUGGCUGGACUAUAAGAGAGUGGACAGAGACCGGGUGAUUUCAAUGCUACAAAUUGCCGAAAGGUUUUUAUUUUGAUUAUGUGUAAUUAGUUGCUACAAAUUGCAUGUUGGUACAAAUUAUAAUGUAGGAGGUGUGGUUUUAUAACUGGGGGUGGGAAGCAUGGAAAUGGAAGUCUCAUCUUUUUUACUUCUGUAAUAAGGAGUUAUUAAGAGUGACAACAUGUUCAAGAUGAUACAGCUCACUAUUAUAUUUGGAUAAAUAGAAAGAUAUUAAUAAAUUGAAACACAAUUAUGUUUAUUUUUAGAGUAUGUUAGAAUAUAUAUAUAUUCUAGCAAUAAUAACCCUUUUUUUUCUUUUCUUCAUAUUAACAUUUAACCAAGGUAAAAGUUAUGUUUUCAUUCUGACUCCAUGUGUCAGUUGUAUGAGACAAGAUAAUGGUUGACCUUGAGGAAAAGUUGAAGAAUCAUUCUUCUCCCUGAAGUGUUUUGAUUCUUCUAUAUAGGGAAUGUCUCACCAUGUAAAAACAAGCAAAACGUGAACCUGGUGCUAAUACACUGUCCACUUAGUUAGGCCCAGUUAGUCCAACCCCUGAAACAUGCUGUCCUAUAUUCUUCAAUAAAGGCACAUACACCUUGUUACCCUAAUGUAGGCACUGAGUGAUACAGCUGAUUGUCACUGUAACCAUUACACUUAAGGAAUGGGUCUUCUUGGGUAGGAGACAAGGAGACAGAGCUGUAUCUGCUUGUUGGGAUGUGCUCCAAGUAGUGUGAGUCCUGAGAUCUUGUCCUCAUUAUGACUAUGUUUGUCAAGGUGAGUUUAGCAACCACAUAAUCUCACCAGUGUCUUACAUGUCGGCAAUCUUGUCAACGAAUGUUUCUUGUUCUUGGUGCUGAACAAGUAUCUGUCAGUGCUUGUUUUUUCAUCAGAAAUUUUUCAAGCAUAAUUAAUAAAAGAUGAAUUCAUUUUUGUGAAUUUUGUGCAAUCA